GUGGUGGAUUGGAAAUCAGUCUCCAGUGUCUGGAUGACUUUCCUGCCCCAGGCUGUCUUUGAACCGCGAUCCUGAGACUUCAGCCUCCCGAAGUAGCCAGGCUCACAGUACCUGAGCCACCGGUGCUUGGUCCUUCCUCUCUUUCCCGUUUUGAUCAUAAAGUCACGGGAAGAACUGUGGCGGCUCAUCUGUACAGAAUUGGUUUGUGGUCUAGGGCUGGGAUAUGAUACACUGAUUGGUUCCCGUUGGAUCUUCUGAACUGAGAUCCAUCGAGUUGGUUCAGAAUGCUACAUAGAAGGCUUAGUGGAAAGUUAGAAGAUUUCAAGAGUUGGAGCUGAAUCUAAUGUUACAUCAUGGCAACAGGUGACUUAAAGAGAAGCUUACGGAACCUUGAACAAGUGCUUCGUGCACUAAAUUAUCCUAAAGAGGUGGAUUAUGUAGGUUUGAUAAAAGGAGACCCAGCAGCAUCUUUGCCCAUCAUCAGCUAUUCUCUAACCUCAUACUCUCCGUACCUAACAGAACUUCUGGUGGAAUCUGAUGUGGAUCUUGUAGGAAAGAAUGACAUUUGCUUUACCGACACUGUUUAUAAGCUUCUUCGUGAUCAGUUUGAUUAUAAACCAAUUUUGACAAAAAAGCAAUUCAUACAAUGUGGGUUUGCAGAAUGGAAAAUUCAAAUUACUUGUGAUAUUUUGAAUUGUGUGAUGAAAAAACACAAGGAAUUGUCUGGUCUUGAUAAGACCCCAUCAUGCCAAAGAAAGACAAUGGUUUGUGAUAAGGCAGAACCUUCUUCAAGCAAUGAGAAAGUUGCAGAAGCUGUUGGAAUUGAUGUCACUAGCAGGUUUAUCACUUCAGGAAAGAAAAAAGCUGUGGUGAUCCGUCACCUGUACAAUGAAGAUAAUGUUGACCUUCCUGAUGAUGCAGGAAGUUCAGUAACAGAUGUUAGUGAAGAACUUGAUUCGGAUUGCAUAAAGACUACUGAAAUAGUAAUUCCUGAAAUACAAGUGUGUGAAGUCAAGACCCAGCAACAGGAUAUAAAAUCUAUUCCUGAGAUUGCUGCACUUGAGACAAUGCUUACUCAGUGCCAUGAGAAGCUUCAAAAGUUGCCGUGUAUAGAACAAAGGUUGGACAUGUUGGAAAGAGCAAUUAAAGGAAAAGUGAUGGUAGAUGAGAAGACUUGGACUAAUCUUCUUAGUCGAGUUACUCUUCUGGAAACAGAAAUACUCUUGUCUAAGAAGAAUGAGUUUGUGGACUCCAAUGCAAGUGAAGAGUACACUUCUAGUAGUGAUGCAGAAGUUCUGCCCUUUGAUAGGAAAAGCAAUGUAGAGGGGACUGCGAAUGUCCCUCAUUCCUCUGGUUACAGUUCAGUAUCAUCAACUUCCAGAGCCUCCGCAAUUCGUUACUGUGGUUUGAAGGAUCUUUCAGAGGAAACAACAAUCCAGAAAAUGGAAAGGAUGAAAAAAAUGUUUGAAGAAACUGCAGAGUUACUCAAGAUCUCCAGUCGCUAAUUGUAGAACUUCCUUCUGCACAAACUUUUCUAGAAUUUUCGCUACUGUAUGUGUUGUAUAUUUUAAGAGUUCUCUAUAAUUUUAAUACACUGCAGUGUUUAUUAGGAAUUUGGAUUUUAUUUGGUAUCUGAGUUUUUCAUUCUUUCGUGAAUAAAUACUUUGAAUAUUUUUGAGCUAUGAUAAUAUUGGUUCACUCCUUUUCACUUAGGAAAAAAUCUGUGUUCUUUGCUUUAACAGAGUGAAGUCAUUACAGCACUGUUUUUUUGUGUUGACAUUUGUUGGCAGUGUGCUAAGUAGUGUGUUUUAAAGUACAGGCUUGAAGACCGUGGUUUACAUCCUGUUGGAAGCAUGCCAACUAGGACUUACAUAUUGUUCCCUGGAGGCUUCUCCGACAUACAGUCUUGCCAUCUGUGCUGAUGAGUAAGUUGUACUGAGAAGUUUAAAAAGCUCAUUGAAAAUUAAAGAAAACAACAAUAUAGCUGUUUCAUGCUUAGUCACAAAGCAGUACCUUUUCAGUUAAUGCUGGGAAAGUGUGGGUAUGAUUCUCCUUUUGUAUUAAAGCAGGUCUAUAAGGUUCACUGAGAACAUGCUGAGUGUUUUCCUGCUUAAUACCCACAGCACACACACAUUGGUGGUGGCCAUCCAGUGCUAGAGGUGAGGUGGGUUUCUCACGUGGUGAGGUGGGUUUUCUUUUCUAAUGAUGAGAAGUUGGAUAUAUAUGCAUCUGUCUUGUAUAUGUACAAAUAUGUAUAAAUAUGUAUAUAUGAGAGGAAACGCCUUAAAUCAAGAAAAAAUGAAAUUAAUUUUUAAAACAUAUUUUUCUGACUUGUAAAUAAAACUGUAAUAACAAUUUAAUUGACCCCAUUAUUGGAAAGCUGGAAUAUUUUUCUUUUCCUGUAUGUUUCACCUGUUAUUUGAUGUUUUUCAUAUCAUCUGUCUAUAUUGUAAUGUAUGGUUUGACAUUUGAUUGUGAAAAUAUAAAACCUUAAAUUAUAAUUACAAGUAGAACUUUAAAAAAGUUUUUAGGAUUCCCAUGGUUAGUUAUUAUACUUUAAAACUAUGAACUUUUAUGGUAACAUACAGGAACAUAUGGCCCUGCAUUUUAUAAAAUUUGAAUAUAGACUAUAGUUUGUAAAUCCUGUUUACCUUGGUUUUUCAAUUAUAAACAAGAUACAUUUGUAAAAAAGAGCACAGUUUUGAAAAAACUAGCCUAGUCUAAGGAACUUCUGGACUGUCAGAAUCAGUGUGGAAUUAUAGUGCCACCUUGUGGCUCAUAUAUAUUUUACUUUUAAAACCAGUGAUUCCCCACAAAAGAGGGGAAAUAACGGAAAAAAUUCAGUCCCAAUUUUAAAAAGAAACAUUCUUAAGAUUUUUGUGGAAGAUUGAUGAAAGUUGUCUUUCUCUUUGUCUCCUCCUAUCAUUAUUUCUUUCCUUUUUGUUUACAUAUGUACCAAAUUUGAAAUGUUUGUAAUAUAACUUACAUAUAAAAUGCAUAAUACAUGCAUGUACUGAAAACAUUUCUAGUUAUGCUACCAAGUAUAAAUUUGGAAUCCAAAUUAUUUAUACUUUUAACUAACAACUUAAUCAAAAACUAAUAGGAGAAUGAAUAAAAGUUUUCUAUUAUUUUGACAAUAUAAUCCUAAAAUAAAAACGAGGAAAAUUUUUUACUUCAAGUUAUUAAAAGAAUUGCCAACUUAUUAUUCUCUUUUGAAAUAGCAGAGGUUUUUCUCUCAUAAUUACCUUGGCAAGUAGUUUGUAAUAAGAAACCAACCUCUUUUGAAUGACCUGGAGGUCCUGAAAAAGGUAGCUACAUAAUUAACCCUUAUUUAGCUGGGAUUUACACUAAUUCCAUCCCCAGCAUUCUUUAAACUAGAUUAAAUAACCAAUCACCAUUCUAUGAACAAAGGCAUCAGUAGCUCAUGCUGCCCUAUCUGAACUACGCUCUGAGUAGUUCUACACUUGGUUGAAAGGAAACAGAGGAGCAAUUUUGAGUAGAUCUAGAUGAGAGCCUGAGGGAUACUGAAAGAAAUUCUUAAGUAAAACCUCAGGACUGAAAAAAGUAGUAUCUACUAUUUAUGAAAAGUCUAGGCAAAGCUGAGGGAUGACAAAUACACUGGGAAAAACAGUCAUGUCACAUUUGCCUUACUCUUACCAUUUUAAUGUGAUGUUUUAACAUGUGAUAUAUUUCUUCCAAAAUAAACUAAAAGCUUUGUAACUA